AUGGAUAAGUUUCUCAUCAAGUUACCAAAGCCAAAAGAUGGCCAACCAAGUUCUAGCUCUAAUCAACCAUUUGUGAGUUCACAAGUUGCUCCGGAAGUUGAAAGACAUACAAAUUCUUUUCCACUUUCAAAUAUGGAUAAUAUGCUUGAUUUUAAAUCUCUUGAAGCAGAUCCCAAAAAUCGAAUGCCUAUUUCAUCUUAUGGUCCUAAUAUUCGAGAUGCGGUAAGGAGGAUGCAAGAUUUGAAAAACCAACGACAAUCGAUCCAAUCUUCUUUUGACAAGCAAAGUGAAAAGGCAAGAAGUGAUUAUCGGAUGCGUUUAAAUGCCUCAAUUGAUGUAGCAAGAUUUCUCUUGACAUCGGGAUUUCCAUUUCGUGGACAUGAUGAAAGUGAAGGUUCCGAAUAUAAGGGUGCUUUUCUCGAACUUUUGAAAUGGUAUGGGGAUAGAAGUUUUGAUGUGGGAAGAGUAAUAUUAGGUAAUGCUCCACAAAAUGAUAUGAUGAUUUGUCCGACAAUUCAAAAAUAUAUUGUGGAGGCUUGUGCUAAAGAAACAACUAAGGCUAUCAUUGAAGACUUGGACGGUGAUUAUUUUGGAAUAUUAGUUGAUGAAUCAAAGGAUGUUUCUCAUAAGGAGCAAAUGGCUCUAAUUUUGAGAAAUGUCAACAAAAGUGGAAUGGUGAUAGAGCGAUUCUUGGGUAUUGUCCACGAUAUGAAACGUGAUUGUCCAUAUCAUCUUGAUAGAUUUGCGGCAGAAAAUCUUUUGAGCAAGAUUCAUGAAUUUGAAUUUGUCUUUAUGUUGUACUUGAUGUUUAAGGUGUUGCUAUUGACGAAUGAGUUGAAUAAAAUUUUACAAAAGAAAGAUCAAGAUAUCGUUAAUGCUAUGGAACUGCUUGACCUUUCAAAGAAACGAUUGCAAAUGAUGAGAGAGGAUGAAUGGGACUUUAUGAUGGAUGAGGUUAGCUUAUUUUGUGGUAAACAUGGAAUUCCAAUUCCCAAAAUGAAUGAAGACUACUCUAACGGGAAGUCGAAGCGUAAGAGGUCCAAUAUUUCAUAUUUGCAUCACUUUCGUGUGGAAGUAUUUUAUGCCGUCAUUGAUUUGGCACUUCAAGAACUCAAUAAUCGUUUUGAUGUGGUGACUAGUGACUUGCUCCUAGGUAUGGCUAAUUUGAGUCCGGUUGAUUCAUUUGCUAAUUUUCACAAGGAUAGGAUAAUGAAACUAGCCGAGUACUACCCAAGUGAGUUUGGUGAUAAAGAGCUUUGGGAACUCAAUUUUCAACUUGAUGAUUUUAUUGUCUAUGCUCAAAAGUGUGAUAGCAAGUUUCUCAACUUGAAGGGAAUCAAGGAUCUUGCAAAAGUGAUGAUAGAGACAAAACUAGAUCAAUCUUGGUUACUUGUGUAUCUACUUGUGAAGCUAAAUUUGAUUAUUCCUGUUGCUACCGCAAGCGUGGAAAGAGCAUUCUCAUCAAUGAAGUACAUAAAGAAUGAUUUUCUAUAUAGAGCGUAG